AUGGGGGACACAAUAUUAUUAGCAGUUGAUCUACAUGGUGAAUGGAUAGAGAUCGAUGAGCGUUAUAGUUGGAAGUCGAAGGGUGGUCUUACAGUACCGAUAUUAGUGAGGAGGGAUGUUGCGUAUGAUGAGUUUGUUGAUAUCAUCAUUACUAGGUGUAAGUUAUGUUGUGCGCCAAAGAAUCUCUCAAUCACUUACAUGCUCAGCAUUGUUGCAACGGAAAAAGCAUAUUUUUCUGAAAUAAAGAAUGAUGAUGAUUUGCUCACUUAUUUAGAUGAUGUUGACAAAGAUGAUCGUCGGCAAGAAGAAGCUGGAAAUUUUUCUGGAUUUGAUUACAAUACAGCGAGAGUUGAAGCUACUUCAGAAUUUUCAGAUUUUGAUUACAAUACCGAAGGGGCAGAAAGGGCAGAAGAAGAAACAUAUGCUUCUAUUAAUCUGUCCAGUACACAGUAUGGCGGAGUGUUGUUGUCUGCUGUGGUGUUGGAUACCGAAAAUCACAUAUUUCCCUUGGCAUUUUGUAUUGUAAAUUCAGAGGAUGAUGCCUCGUAUCAGUACUUUUUUGAACAAUUGCUCGAGAUCGUCCCCAACACUAAUGAGUUGUGCAUAAUUUCUGAUAGACAUCCAUCUAUAAAGAAAAUUAUUUCAAAGAUUUAUACUGAAGCUCAUUAUGGAGUUUGUGUGAGGCAUCUUGGUGAAAGCAUUUGCAAAAACUUUCACUGUGGAGAUUGGAUGCACCAUUUUUAUGAUGCAGCGAAAGCAUAUCAGAGGGACGAGUUUAAUGAUCAUUUUCAACAAAUCAAAGAUUUGGAUAUGAGUGUCGCCAAAUAUCUUGAGGAUGUUGAUUUCCACAGAUGGAGUAGAGCACACUUUCCUGGCAAUAGGUAUGAUGUAAUGACCACCAACAUUGCUGAGUCAAUUAACUCGAUGUUCUUGGCGGAAAGAGAAUUUCCAAUCACUGCUCUAUUCAAUUCUAUAAAUAGGAGAUUUGCUCAAAAAUUUCAUGAGAGGCGUAUGAUGUUGGCCAACACAUCAACCAUAUGUGUCCCUUCUGUUGAAAGAAAAAUAAGAGAAAAUGUAACUAUAGGCAAUACACUAUUGGCCCAUCAAAUAAGCUUCCACACUUUUAGCAUCAUUGGUCAUGGUUCAGUGGCUAUGGUUGAUCUAAACAAUAGAACAUGUUCUUGUAGAGAGUUUGAUUUGAACAAAAUACCUUGUCCACAUGCUAUUGCAGCAACAAGAAUCCAGUUCGGAGAUGAUUAUGGAUUAAGAGUUUAUGAUUUUGUUUCUCCAUAUUAUUCAGUAUGGUCAUACAAACAUGCAUAUGAAAAAUUAAUUCAUCCAGUGUUAUCUGAAGAAUUUUGGGAGCUUCCUCUAGAGCUUUUGGAGAGUAAAAUACCUUGUCCAUAUGUGGUGCGCAAACCAGGCCGAAAGAAGAGAAAACGUGCACUUUCAGUCUUGGAGCGGGGUUCAAAGAAGAAGAAAAAUAAAAGUUCCAUAUGCAAAAGAGUUGGUCACAAAAGAACUACAUGUAGUCUCAGAGCGAGACAAAAUGAAGAAACAAGCAGUAGUGUAGCUUCUUAA